AGCGGGUUAUCUGACAUUUAAAGGGCAUUCCAAGGUAGCAUGGCCGAAGCGAAACUAAGGGUUGGUUGUCGUGUUGAAGUAACAGGGAAAGAUGUUUUUGGGACAGUUGCUUUUGUCGGAGCAACACAAUUCUCACCAGGUAAAAAAAAGUUCUGUUCUCAUCACGGACUUAGGAAAAUGGGUGGGUGUAAUACUAGACGAGCCCAAAGGGAAGAACAACGGCACGGUUCAGGGGAAACGCUACUUCACAUGUGAGGAAAAUUUUGGGAUAUUUGUGCGCCCAUCUCAGCUUACUCUUCUAGAUGGUCCGGAGGGAUCAAGCGUAAUGGAGUUAUCCACAUGUAGCGUUGUUUCCGAAUCAGGUGCCACUUCAGAAUCAAGCGAAGUUGCGAAACUUUCUGGUUCGACAUCUUCGUUGUCUGUAGGAUUGAAAACUGCUGAGACAGUUAAAGGACGAACUUCAAAGUUACCCGGUCUCAAACGUUCUCCUCUAGCUAGUUCUACUUCAUCUGUGAAGGAUAAGGCUAGUGUACCUGCCUCAGCUGGUAGAAUUCCAUCAGAAAUUAAAAAGACAUCACAAGAAAAAGCUGAAGUCAAAGAAGCAUUUGAUCGUUAUCGUGAAGAAGUAACUGAAAUGGUUGAAAAUAUAGAAAUGGCCACUUUGGAUAAAGAAAUGGCAGAAGAAAAACUAGAAACAUUGACUGCAGAAAUUGAAUUACUUAAGGAACAAGUAGAAGAAUUAACUCUUGAGAAUCAAAUCUUGAAAGAAGAAUCUGAAGAAAAAGGAGAUAAAUUACUAGACACUGCAUUCGUAGUUACUUAUUGUAUUCUACGUUGUUAUCUCUCUUUCUCUGUCUUGUGGAAAAUACCAGGUGGAGUAGCAGUCGGUGUUGAAGGCGGUCCAACUCCCUUACAGUUUAAAAAUCUUGAACAACAAAAUGAACGAAUGAAAGAAGCACUGGUCAAGCUACGUGACUUAGUUAAUCAAGAUAAAUCGGAAAUUUCAGCUUUAACUAAACAGAUUACAUCUUUAGAAUCAGAGGUUAGUCAACUGCAAACAGAAAAAGAACGAUUAACAAAAGAUGUUAAAGAUAGUGUUGAACAAAUUAUUGAAUUAAAAGAACAAGUGGAUGCUUCCCUUGGCAUUGAUACAAUGGUCAGUCAGUUGACACAACGUAAUUUAGAACUGGAAGAAGCGCUUGAGAAAAUUAAAGAAGAAAGAAAUGAUCUGGAAGCUCUUUGUGAAAUGAAUGAUGAAUUACAAGAGAAUAGUCGUGAAACAGAACUUGAACUACGCGAAGAAAUUGAACGAUGCAAUAGUAAAAUUAAUCAACUUGUACGUAAUUUAGAUGCAACACGUGAAACAAUUGCAGACUAUGAACAAACUUUUGUUAAAUUUAGAGAUUUAGUCUCUGAUUUACAAACACAAAAUACUGAUCUGCGUAGGUCAUUAGCAGAUGGAAAACGCUUACAAGAAGAAAAACAGCAACAAAAUGCCUAUCCUACAGUUGCAACAGAUCUUGUCGGUUCUACAGCUGCAUUUAUGGGGGGUAAAUUUGGACUAGGCUCUCAAGUACAAACUCUUGCUAAAGUAAUUGAAGCUGAAUUAAGACGCCUUGAAGCAGAACAAACUGCAAAUCAUGUGACGCGGUUAUCUGCUUUCUUACCUGACUCAUUUCUCCGACGUGGUGGUGAUAAUGAGGCAUUACUUUCACUUUUGUUAAUCGAUCGACUAGCUGGGAAAUGCGAUCUGCUGGCUAAUCAUCUUGUUGAACGUUAUCCAUUGCCUCCUUGUGUUCCGGGUCAAGCACCGCUACAGAUGCCUCAAGGUGAAACCAGUACUACUACUACUGCUACUACUACUGACAAUCCAACUGAAGUUGUCAGCGGAAUUUGUAUUCCUGGUACUAAUAAUCCACUGCCACCGUUGACUAAAACAAAAUCAGAAUUCUUUAGUUUUAUAACUAGACUAAUUCAUCUACUCCGGUCAAUGUCUUCUUUGUUAGGCCAGUGUAAACAGGAAUAUGAACAAACCCUUGAUGCACUUCAAGCAGAUAUUGAAGCUUUAGAGCAGGAGAAAGCAGAACUUAAAGAGAAAUUGAAAACUUUAAGUAAAAAAGCCUUAUUCGAAGGAAUCAUUAAAACUCCAUUGGUCACUGGUCAAACUCCAUCUAAGGGUCAGACUGCUACACCUGAAACUCCUUCAGUUGGUAAACAAACUUCUGUUGAGGGUGCAUCACCUUCACCUGGUCCUGCACGUCUAGCUGCCUACAGAGAUGCUUCAUUCAUGUCAAUGGAGAUUGCAGCCCUUCGCGAAGCUGUCCGACGUUUGUCUUCUGAGGUAUCUAAGCUACGUGGUGAAAAGAUGUUUAAUCAAAUGAAAAGUCUUGGAACUUUGCCAAAACCAAUACGUCGUCAAUAUCUCAAAGCUGUUGAUAAUAAUACCGCGAAUAAUGAAUCUCAACCAUCAUCCACUACAGAAGAAAAAGAAGAAGAAGUAGAAAAAGAACAAAAGCCUAUGAUAUCACAGGUGGCACGUGAGGCUGAUGCACUUCGAAAAGAAAUGUUUUCUGUUAUAGCUAAUCUUCAAAUAGUUCGAUUGCCUAAGCCGUCGAAACCAAUUGAAGAGCCUCCUUCAGGCGCUGGUGAUGGAUCCACACAACAACAACAGCAGCAACAACAGUCGGCUAAAGCCAUCGUGCCUACGCCUACAAUGCAAUUCAAUAGACAGACUGCACAAUUAGUGAAAUUGAAAAAUGAUUUAGAAAAGUUACAACAGCGUGCAGUUGAAGCUAUCAAGACAGAAAUUCCAGGUGCAUCAAUUCAAGCCGAUUUUACAUCCUUCCCAUCAGUAAAAUUAAAACGUCUAUUUAAUGCUGAAAAUAAGGAAAAUCUUCCGCUACGUUCUCGUUUAGUAUUCCCUGGUGGAGAUGAUUGUAAAAUGAAUCCAACAAAAGUUUGCAUGACUAGAGAAGAUCAACAGAUUCUACAUUCACAUUUACUUAAAUAAAUGCCUGUUGUUUUAUCAUUUGUUGUUGUGUUUUUUU